UUUAAAACAAUUUGUUACGUUAGUUUCACAACCGUGCUUGUUUAGAGCUCCCUCAUAAUCGGUUCAGAGACAACACAAGUUGACACAUUCCAGAGUGGACUUGGCUCCCCAUCUGUCGGCUUACCUUGGUUUAGUCAAUCAUUAAUCACUGCUAUCAGGAAAGCAUCGUUCAGACGACAGGACGCCAUCUCAACACGGAACUGACAAGACACUCGUCAAGUGUCCGUCCUCAGAAUAGAAAAACAAAGUCUCGUCCUUUAUUACAUCAAUCUUUCUAUACGAGGUCAGUUAGUUCAAAAGUAAUUGUCCCUCCCUAAAUUUGAGACCUACUCUAAAUUUUGUCCUAUUCAUAAUACGUCUAGGGUUUGUGGUGUUAGUGGGAACUGUGCUCGAUGAUAGGAUGAGGAGAGGAGUUAACUGUAGCUGGUUAGGAGCAGAGAUCCCACUGUCCUGGGAGUUCUUCCGUGUGAUCAAGGAUGAGCUAUGGCUGUUUCUCAUUCCUGCUGGGUUCGCUGUGGUCAUGCUGGCCCUGUUCCUAGAAGAGAUGGGCUUCUUCCUGCGUCACGUGCACUACUCCAGACGCCGGCACCUCUACCUGUGGAUACUGGGCAUGUACCCGGUCUUUGGCUUAACCUCAAUCAUUGCGCUGUAUGUUCCUCGCUCCUCCUCACUAUGUAGCUUCAUAGCUUCUCUGUACCACUCCUUUACUUUGCUAAAGUUUAUGGGGCUCAUCACAGACUUCUUUGGGGGUAAGGCCCGCAUGCUGGAGAUCUUAGCUGGAGAGCAGGUGUCUCCGGAUCCGUUCCCAUGUUGCUGCUGCUGUUGCCUCCCUAUGAUAGCCAUCAACAGGACCAGCCUGGGAUGGAUGAUGGCUGCUGUGCUGCAACUGUCUGUGGUCAGAACCAUCCUGUUCUUUGUCACUCUGGUCCUCUGGACAGAUGAGCAGUAUGACUAUGGAGAUGUGGAUUAUGCCAAUCCCAAUAUGUACAUGAAUGUCAUCCUAGGCGUGUCUACCUUCUUGUCCUUCUAUGGCCACCUGCUGUUUUACAAGGCCACCAAAAAGGCCUUGCCUGGCUACGGGCUGAGGGCCAAAUUUGUCUGUAUCAUUGUAGUGUUGGUGCUGUGUGGCCUUCAGAGUGGAAUCCUGGAGACCAUGGGGGCCCUGGAGGUGGUGCCCUGCACCCCUCCCUUCUCUGUCCUCAUGCGUUCCCAGCUAAUUUACCACUACUCUGUGAUUGUGGAGAUGUUCUGCAUAUGCCUCUUUGCCCGCCACACUUUCCGUAAAGUGGAGCCUAGUCUAGAGGAGGGCUUUGGGCUGGAGGAGAGGCCCCCCAGAGGCAUGCUGAUGGAGCAGGCGGUUCAGACUGAAGACGUGGUGCCACUCAGGGAGAACCCCUGGCCUUGCUGGGAAGGCGCCGGAGUCUCCAAUCCCGACUGUAUUAGGGACAGCAGUGAAGACAGCCUCUGUAAAGUCGAACACGCCCCUUUGGAUUGCUUCCCUUUCCCUCUUCAACCGAGACGUCAAGAGACAGUGAGGCCAGAAAACGUAACUGAUGAAAGUGGCACUUUGGAGUUGCCCAAACUGACUGUCACUGCUGACAUCAAUGUUGUAGAGUCUAGAAAUGUUACUGUUGUAUGACAACAUGGAAUGUACUGUCCUGGAAUCUCCUGGUGGGAAGACAACAUAGGGGUCACCUCCAGAAAAUGGAAGAAACACACCAUACCGCUUGAGGUACUACCUUAACCAGUUUGUUCCUUUUUGCGUAUAUUGACUGAGACUCUGGCUCAAUGCAUUCUAUCUAUUCCUUAGCUGAAUGAAGAUGGUAGCUACUGGUGUGAUAGGCUGUUUUUUCCUACCCAGAUUUUUUCCCCUACUUUUUAUACUCUACAUUUUGUUUUGCAAUGUUAUCUCAAAAAGCCAAUAAACUCAUUUUUAAAACGC